CGGUGUUGUCAACAAACUCGUGAUCGACGUUUUUACGUUUUUGUUGACUCUUUUCUCCUCUGCGAGGCUCUUCCUUAUCCAAUUUGUUUUUUUUUUAAUUGUUAUCGUUUCUCUGGGAAAUUGUGGAAAAGCUCGUUGUAACGUUGUGAAAAGUAGUGUGGAUCCCGUGUUGUGUGUACCACGAGAAUUUUGGAGUGAUUGUGCGAAAAUCUGCUCUACUUUUUUCGAAACCUGUGCGCCACCUCCCAUUGUUUCGAGUGGAUGCACAACUGGAAAAUUUUCCGUGGAAGCAUUUAAUGGGCUCUAAGUGAUGUCGUCGCUCAGUACGUACAACUACGUCCAGCCCCAGGUGCCACCUCGUCCACGACGGAGAGCCCAGUCGGUGGUAACGCAGGGCCCCGCUGUGACUUCCUCGCCACGGAGAUCACUUUUCGAAUUGACCUCAAGUGAAGAAGGAACUAGUCAGAUUAGGAUCAAAGUGAUAGCUGGACAUUCUUUGGCCAAAAAGGAUAUAUUCGGUGCUAGUGAUCCGUAUGUGAGAAUUGAUUUAAAUACGAUAAAUGGCAACAUUAACAUCGAUUCAGUACUUACAAAGACCAAAAAGAAAACCUUGAACCCUAAAUGGAAUGAAGAAUUUGUCUUUCGGGUAAAACCCGGAGAGCACAAGCUUGUUUUUCAAGUAUUCGAUGAGAAUCGUCUGACAAGGGACGAUUUCUUGGGUAUGGUUGAAUUGACAUUGGUUAAUUUGCCAAAAGAGCAGGAGGGACGUACGAUUCCACCAAAAAGUUACCCACUUCGGCCACGCAGGUCAGUUGGUGCUCGAUCGCGAGUUCGUGGCACUUUGGAUAUUUAUCACGCUUUCAUACGGGAUCUGGAUUCAACCAGUGAGACAUCAGAUUGGGAGAUUGUCGAUGACGGGGCUAGCAACAGUGACGGAUCGGCGACACCAUUGAAUGCAUCAUCGCUAUUUGGAUCAUCGGGUGUGGAGGCACUGCCACAGGGUUGGGAAGAGCGCCAGGAUGCCAAUGGGCGAACGUACUACGUGAAUCACGUGGCACGUACGACACAGUGGGAACGUCCGACGGCACUCACGAGUAACACAGUGGCUGAAGAGGAGAUGAGCAAUGCAGCAGCAGAAUUCCAUCGACGCUUCCAUAUCAGUGUGGAUGAAUCGGACUCAAGGAGUAAUCAGGGAGAUAAUAUGAGCUUGAGCUCAGAAAUGGGCUUUAUGGGUUCGGUGACUUCCCUCAAUGAUCUCAAUCGAUCGGGUUCCAUAAGUUCCAAUCACAGCACAGCCGGGGGACGCCCAACGCGGCCAGCACCGGGUAUUCCGCGUGAUCAUCAGCUACACAGGCAAAAUGCAACGCGACGACAUGCUCCGAGACCACCGUCCAGAUUCACCACACCUGUGGUCAACGAGGGGGUGGUAAGCAGUGGUGGCCAAAGUAGCAGGGUAUUGCCAAGGAAUAGAAAUUCCGUGGAGGACAAUGAGGAGCACAGUAAUAGUGAGAAUGAAGAUCUUGACACAUCAGACAGUGGUGCAGGUACCAACAAUCAGGCACGUUCUCCAUCAACACCGCAGUCGCGGCAGAGCUCAACGGAGGACAACUCAGCCACAUCCUCACCCGAUACGACGGCAACGUCAAAUCCACCCGAUACAGCGGGUCUACCGCCGGGUUGGUCAAUGCAGGUAGCACCCAAUGGGAGGAUAUUCUUUAUUGAUCACAACGAACGGAAAACAUCGUGGGUUGACCCACGUACGGGACGUGCAAGUCCAAUGCCUAAUGCAGCGGGAAGAUCACCAGCAAGUCGGAAGCCUGAGGAUGAUUUGGGGCCACUGCCAGAAGGAUGGGAGGAGAGGGUUCAUUCAGACGGGAGGAUAUUCUACAUUGAUCACAAUACAAGAAUAACUCAAUGGGAAGAUCCACGACUAUCAAAUCCCAACAUUGCCGGCCAGGCUGUACCGUAUUCGCGUGAUUAUAAGCAAAAGUAUGAGUACUUCAAAAGUCAACUGCGAAAGCCAACGAGUGUACCGAAUAAGUUUGAGAUUAAAGUGCGACGGACAUCGAUCUUUGAGGAUUCCUAUCGCGUGCUAAAUUCCGUGACGAAAACUGAUCUCCUCAAGACGAAGCUCUGGGUGGAAUUUGAGGGGGAAGUUGGCCUUGAUUAUGGUGGUUUGGCGCGUGAGUGGUUCUUCUUGCUCUCCAAGGAGAUGUUCAAUCCCUACUAUGGGCUCUUUGAGUACUCAGCCAUGGAUAACUAUACGCUGCAGAUAAAUCCCUUUAGUGGACUGUGCAAUGAGGAACAUCUCAAUUACUUUAAAUUCAUCGGGCGUGUAGCUGGUAUGGCGGUCUAUCAUGGAAAAUUACUUGAUGCCUUCUUCAUCCGCCCAUUCUACAAGAUGAUGCUACAGAAGCCGAUUGAUCUGAAAGAUAUGGAGGCUGUUGAUAUGGAAUACUACAAUUCCCUACUUUGGAUCAAGGAAAAUGAUCCGAGUGAACUUAUGCUCACUUUUUGCAUUGAUGAGGAGACAUUUGGUACGACAAAUCAGCGCGAACUCAAGCCAAAUGGGGCAAAUAUUGAUGUGACGAAUGAGAAUAAGGAUGAAUACAUACGUUUAGUGAUUGAAUGGCGAUUUGUGUCGCGUGUAAAGGAGCAAAUGCAUGCCUUCCUCGAGGGCUUUGGAUCUGUUGUGCCACUCAAUAACCUCAAGAUAUUCGAUGAGAAUGAAUUGGAAUUGCUCAUGUGCGGCAUUCAGAAUAUCGAUGUGAAAGACUGGAAAAAGAAUACACUCUACAAAGGCGACUACUAUGCAAAUCACGUUAUUGUCCAAUGGUUUUGGCGGGCUGUUUUAUCAUUCUCAAAUGAAAUGCGAGCGAGAUUAUUGCAAUUUGUGACGGGAACGUCGCGUGUACCGAUGAAUGGGUUCAAGGAGUUGUACGGGUCGAAUGGGCCGCAAAUGUUCACGAUUGAAAAGUGGGGGAACCCCGAGAAUUUCCCCAGAGCUCACACAUGUUUCAAUCGAUUGGAUUUGCCGCCAUAUGAGAGUUAUCUCCAGCUUAAAGAUAAACUUAUAAAAGCCAUUGAAGGGAGUCAAGGAUUUGCCGGUGUUGACUAAAAGAAGACAUUUUUUUUCUUUGUUCUUUGUAAUGCGAAGUGUUCGUGUUUCUUUUGUAUAAAAAAAAAUAAUAAUAAUUAUGGGAAAUUCUCUUUAUUGAAGAAGAAGAAGAAAAUUAAGCAUACACAACUUUUUGAUAAAGCUUUCAAGUACAUUAUACAUACAUUAUAAUAAUUAUCUAAACUCCAGAUUUAUUCUUCCUUUUCUCCUUAAUUUUUGUGUACAUAAUAAAUAAAAAAAAAAUAGGAAAAUACAAUAAUAUCCCUGACAUUUUGACCAAAUAUUUAAUAGACAAAAAAAAAUAUUGCAAUUUAUUGCUAAUUUCUCCCAAUUUUUCACUCAAUGUGAAUUUCUUUCAAAAAAAUAUUAUUAAAAUGGUUCAAUUGGUUGAUUUUGUGUGUGUUUGUGUGUUAAACAUUCCCUCUUACAAUGCCAAUACUUUUUCAAAAAAAAAAUAAAUAAAGGAAGAAAUUUACUUUGAAUUGUCUGAAUUUUGAAAUGAUAAAAUUCACACAUUUAAUUGUGAAUUAAUCCUAGUUUAAUUUCUCUGCUGCCGCAACGUGUAUUCACGCAAUAAAGGGAUGAAAUGGGGCGGCAUUUAUAAGCAUCUCUUUGCAUUGUUGAGAAAAUUAGAUCUUAAAAAAAAGAGCCCAGAAUGAAAAUUAAAUGAAAAAAAUGAAAUAAAAUUUAUUAAAAUUUAGGAAAGAAAAAAAAACUUUACAUUAUAAAUGUAAGAUUUUCUUGUGAAUAUAAAUCCAUUUAAAAUCUAAUUUAUUUUCUAUUUGUAGGCUAUUUUAAAAGAAAAAAAAUCUUCUAGUUGUGUUUUAUUUUUCACUCAUAGUUUUGCUGUAAAAAAAAACUUAAGAAAAAACGAAUGCCAAAUUUCUUAAACUGUAAUACUUACAAAAAUUUUAUAUUUUGAUUUUGUGUUAUUUUUUCUCCCCAAUUUUUUGUGGGUAAAAAAAAUAUGUAGAAGAAUUAAUUAAAAUUCUUUUUUUUUUUUGGAUAUUGCAAGUUUCUUUGUAAUUGUAGUGAUUCAAAAAAAAAUUAAUCGUGUUGAAUGUCAAAAUGAUAAGAAAAGAAUUUCUUUCCAAAAAAAAAAGUUGUGUGCGUAAAAGACUUUUGUUCUGCUCGGUUUUGGAAUAUACAAAAGAAAGAAUAAUAUAUAAAAUAGUGCCUUUAUUCACCGGGAAAAAAUAUAAGAAAAUAUUCAAAUCACUGAAAACGAUUCCAUACCACGAAAAAGAGAGAAAAAUGGAAAGAAUUAAAAGGGUAAAUCUUGAAUGAAAAUUACUGUGAAAAGACUUGUGAAAGCGUAUUUGAGUUGACUUUGAAGGGCCAAAAAUUAAAGAGAGUUUGCCUUUAAAUCACCUCAAAAAAUUGACGCAGAAAGAAAAUAAAUAAAAAGAUGGUAUUA